AAAAAGUAUGGAACGGGCUCACCCAUUUGGUGCAAAUUCCCUCUUGGAUCGACAACGGCGCACAUAUCCACCCGUUUCUCAGCCUGGCUUAACGAUGUUGUGCACCUUGUUACAAUAUGCCCCAGCUGUCCACACUUGUAGCACUUAAUGGUUGACAUGUCCCUCUUUGGAGUAGAGUUGCUGUUUGAAGGGUUACUCUUCGCCAUCUUCACUUCUUCAGCCAUUCUGGUUCGGCACUCUGCGAACUGAUGGCCAGGUUUGGCACAAUAGUGACACUUCAUGCGUGAUGAUAAUUUCUGCUUCUUACGUUCUGGAGCACUAGCACAGUCUGGUGACUUUUAGUCAUUGCGUUUAGCAAAAGCAAAGGCACGCAGUUGUUUUUCCAAUUAGCUUCGUGUCUGGAUAUUCGUUGUGAAUAAUAUACGCUGCAGUCGGUGGUCUAUUUGAGCUACAUGUGCGAGCACGACCGAUACAGCAAUUUCUUCAUUGCUCAUUUCUUUCCACUUCGAGUUCAAUGCCGUUAGUUGUCUGCUGGCAUAUACAGACAAACGCUCAUUCGCUCUUGGGCCAUAGUUAUACAAGUUAGCACCAAAAGAAUUCACAACAACAAUCUACGAAGGCUUUCACGCGCAUCCGGCCGUGCACCAGCAGUAGACAAUAAAUGCAAGAACACAAGAUCACAAGUUGGCACUGACGCUAGCAGAAGCAGCGACGGUGCUGGGGGGUGUAAAUACCACCCAACUUGGACUUUAAAUUUAGUUCCGAGUUUUGUCAAAAUAAAGACGGACCACCGGUCCGAACUACUUUUUUGCGAAAAAAAAAAAGUUUACUUUAACUGGCGCCCAACAUCAAAAGGGUCCUGCCGCGGAAAAAAUCCUUCGUCUCAACAAGAAUCCAGUAAGUGCACCCCAUAGGCUGCCCUGAUUACGAUACGCGAAAACGCAAACCUGUAGGAGCACCCCAUAGGCUGCCCCGGUUCGCGAACGAUAAAAAUAACAAAUCUGUAAGAGCACCCAACUGGCUGCCAAGAUCACCGUGGGACGCAUCCUGCAAAGAAAGGAUUCAUUUACAUCGGCCUGAAGGCUAUCGCCGCAGACGAUUGGACGGGAGUGUUACAAAGGUACCCCAGUACCCCCCAGAAGCAAAAAGGAAGAAUAUCAAAUACUGAACUAAAAUGCAUUCAGUGGGCAUUCAUUCCGCAAUGGCGAUCAAAAGGCAACGGAAACGUCGAGAUGAACAAAAAAGGGCGCGAGAAAGACGUUAUAGCACGCAAAGUUCUGAAAGCGGGGAAACAUUUCAUUCUCCAACAGGAUCCGUGAGGCGAAAAUAUCACCAUCCUCGUCAUGCAGUUAGUUCUGGCCCGGGAAUGCUUGACAGCCAGGUAGUUACUAGUAUUGGCAUGUUGCAUAUAGGUAUUGUAUUCGUUGUGUUUGGAGUUUUUCUUUGCGGCGCUGGUAUUAUUCCAGACGAAACUAUGUCAUGGAAGUUAUUUAGCUCAAGCUCAGCCUGGUGGAAUGAAGUAACUUGCACAGGAUUAUUUUCUCUUGGAUUGGGACUGUUUUUACUAGUUUUAAACUGUCUUAUAAGUCGAAAAGAGGAGGAGGAUCUUGAAGACUAUGUGCAACGUCAACUAACUCGAUCUCGCUCUGGACACCGACUUGAAAGAGAUGUUGAAACUGGUGUUUUGACAACGCGCCAUGCACGCAAAGCUGUUGCCUUACAAAAGGGCGGACGUAAUAACUCUCCUACAGAUGUUUCCGUCGUAAAUUGCGGCUCUUCAGAGAAUAUGUGCAAUGGACCGAUAGUCGUCCAUAAUGUUUUAAACAGUUCUGAUGCUAUCCUUGAAAAAAUUGUGGAGGAGGAUAAUGCUUAUUUAAACGACCGCAGCUCCGGAAUAUCUCCGAUUGAUUUAGAAAAUGAUAAGAAACAGCUCUUAAGAAGAGAAUCUCUAAGUGACGCAAUCAGUAUAACGCGUAUUUAAGAAACUUAAUUUUUUACUCCUUACAAACAGUACAUGAACAGAUAGAAAUAAUUUUUUUUAUAUCCAAUGGUUUUAUAAUACAAUAAUCAUAUAUCCUCUUUGUCACUUACGAUUGAAUAAAUUUAAUAACACUAA